ACAUCCAUGCGAACCACAUUGAGGACUUUCAUUUAUUAAUUGUAGUGUUUGUGGAUCCACGAGCCUUUGCGUCAUCACCUCACAACUCUUGGCAUCUGAUCAUCACCUUGGAAACAACACUAAUUAUUAUUUUUUUCUCUUCCGCUAUUAAUUCAUGGAAUGCUUUUACCCAUUUUUUGCUCUUGGCAGCUUUACAAUGUAAAGUACAGACUUCAUUGCUCAGCGUUUAGAUGGGAGGAAGAAAUAGUUUGGCAAAUGAGGCCAACUAAUGUCAGGCUUCUUGGAGGCCCUGUGAGUUCUUUGGACAUAUCUUGAGAACCUUCUUGCCCUUGGCAAUAUUUUGGGGUAUUCCCUGCGCUCCACGAGUUGGUCGGUAUCUAGAGUCUAUUGGGAGAUGUUGAGAGAGGAGUGCAAAGCACUUUUGGAUGCUUUAAACAAAGUGACAGCAUGCUACAGACACUUGGUCCUCACUAUAGGUGGCACCUCGGACUCUCAGAACCUCCGAGAAGAACUGAAGAAGACCAGACAGAAGGCCCAAGAGCUGGCAGUGGCCAACAGAAACAAACUUACUAGCACCCUCAAGGACAAAAGUUUGAGUAAAGAAGACAAAGCUGAAUUUGAGCGCUUAUGGGUCAUCUUCUCAACCUGUAUGGACAUCUUGGAGACCGACAUGAGGAGGGCUUUGGAGUUGGGUCAAGAGUAUCCCUUGAACAUACCCAGAAGGCACCUUAUACAGACGGGCAUGAGCGGGGGAACCUCUGGGGUGGCAGCCAGGGCUAUGAGCGUACAAAACAUGAAGUACGACGCCGAACACAACAUCGAUGUGAUGGAUCUAAAGGACUUGGAGAACGAGAUCAACCAGGUGGACGAGAUGAUGUACGAGAUGGAGAUGAAAGUUAACGUUCCUCAGUGGAGUGUCGAGGCCAAGCAGAAUCCGGGAGCCGAACUCAAAAACUCGGUGACAGCCGGGGCUUCGUCUCCUGGCGCUGUCUCUGUGGAAGAACAUAAAACAGCCUGUGACCUCAGCAAACUUUUAGCCGGGUUGGUGUUUAGCUCGGUUCUCAUCGUUGCUAUUAUUUUGGCAGUUUGCGUCGUGAAACUCUCCUAA